GUUAGUUAAAAAAAUAAAGGUGUCCGAGAAAUCACAAAGUUUUCCCUCCAUAUUUGAUCUCUCUCAGUUUGGUUGGCACUGUCGUAUCAGAGUCUGGCGCGCGCUUUAUCGCUUUCCUUCUUGGCUUCCGCUCUGCGAUUUCAAUCGCUUCAAGUUUUCUCGGCACCCAACAGAAACUCGAACUCAAUCACAGCCUCUUGAUCUGCCAACUGUCGACAAUGGAAGAGUAUUUGCAGUACAUGAAGACAUUGCGCUUCCAAAUGAACGACGUGGAGGAUCAAGCUAUGAAGAUAUCUAUCCAAGAGCAUAUGCACUUUGCUACUAUUCAAACCAUGGAGAACGAUCUCAACUCUGCAAAAAGUGAGUUAAAACAACUCAAUGAAGAUGCUGAGCGAAUGAUGCAGGCUAAGGGUGAAAUAUGCUCUCAGAUAUUGGAAAAACAAAGAAAAAUAGCCUCUUUGGAGUCUGACAUAUCUAUACUUUCACAGACUCUCGAGCUCAUUCAGCAAGAAAAAGUCAGUUUAGGAGCCAAAAUUAUUGAGAAGAGUACUUAUUAUACCAAAGUUGCUGAGGAUAUCAGUCUCAAAUUCCAAGAUCAGCAGGACUGGGUGAAUGCUAACAUGAUCCGCGGAGAAGUGGACGAGCAAGAUUUGGUUAAACUUGAAAGUGCCAAGCAAGCAAGUGACACGGAAGGAUUUGCUGAUACAGUUGGAGGGAUCUCUAGCACCCGUAUUUACAGCAAUCCUAACAAUCUGGUCGAGAGGGAAGAUCUAUUGGGUAAGUUGGAAUCUGCGGAAGCCAAACUUAGUGAAGUUUCAAAGAAGAAAUGUGCAGUUGUUUUGGAAAAGUCCAAGAUUGAACAGUCGAUUGAGGAGCUUAAGAAUGAAUUAAACGAUUUUAAGCCAGAACUCAGAGCAAUGGAUGAUGUUACAUUGGAGGAAGAGUACAAGGCUCUCUUAUCAGAUCAAGCUGGAGAAACUGAGUAUUCACAGUCACUUCAAGACAAAAUUGCAAAACUGAAGGGAAUUUCCAGUGUGAUUAAAUGCACUUGUGGAAAGGAAUACAAGGCUGGAGUAGGCUUAUGUACAUAAUAAUGCGAACAGUUAUGUAGUUUGGGAGCGUGAAGAAAUGGGAGAAUGCUAACCACUAUACAGGCAAUUGAGGGGGGAAUUGAUAUUUGAUGGUGGUCCUGUUGUAGAAUCUGUCAAAGCUUAACUUGCUGAAGUAUAAUUGCUUCUCUUUGUAAUGUGCUGUACCUAGUCUUUUUACAACAGUAAUGUUCUAGGUUCUCAAUCGUAUUGUUGUGGAAAAAGUUGCUACUAGCCUACUACUCAGGAUAAUAAAUAGUUCGGCUCGGUUCAUAAAUCUUUUACAUUACUAUAGAGUACUGAAAUCAAACUAUUUUUAUCGUGCUGGUGCUACUGUUAUGGACACUAAUAACAGCAAUUUGUUUUGGAAAUUA